AGGGUUUAUAAAAAAUUUUUUUGAAGAGAUUUGCUUCUGCUGGAAAUUUGUGAUCUGGGUGUCAAAGAGGGACAUACACACGGAAUUUGGGUAGUUAUGAGGCCUGCGCUGCUGAAGAUAUGUCCUUUUUAAUGCAUUCGAGAAACAUUGGCUUUGUAGAAUUAGAUACAGGUUGUUGAGUUCUUGUUGAUGUUGUUGUGACUCAUAGUUACAAAGGAGGAACGGGAGGAGGAAACUGGAAGUGAUUCAAUUUAUUGUAAUUUGAAGCAUUAUAGAAAUGGAGUGUAAUAAGGAUGAGGCCAUCAGGGCUAAAGGAAUUGCGGAGAAGAAGUUGAUGGAGAAGGACAUUGCAGGAGCCAAGAAACUAGCUUCUAAAUCGCAAAACUUGUUUCCUGGGCUUGAGGGUCUUUCUCAAUUCCUGGACGUUAUUGAUGUGUACAUUUCUGCUGAGAAAAGGGUAAUUGGAGAAGUAGAUUGGUAUGCGGUCCUUGGAGUGUAUCCCUUGGCUGACGAUGAAACCAUAAGGAAACAAUACAGGAGACUUGCUCUCGCCCUUCAUCCUGAUAAAAACAAGUCGGUUGGGGCAGAUGGGGCAUUUAAAAUUCUCUCUGAAGCAUGGAGUUUGUUGUCUGAUAAAGCUAAGAGAUUGGACUAUGACAAGAAACGAAAUGUAAGGGCUGUACAUCAGAAAGUUACUUGUGGGAAGCCACCAGUGCCAGCUGAUAAAAACGGUUUCCGUGUUUCCAUGGGAAACAAUAAGUCAAGUGCAAGGAAUCAAAAGAGUUCCACCAAUCCGCAGCCCACCCCUGCUCCUCCUCGUCCAUCAAAACCCAAAACAUUCUGGACUUCAUGCAACCAAUGUUUGGUGCAGUACGAAUAUUUAAAAAUUUUCCUUAACCAAAAGCUUCUCUGCCCUAAUUGUCGUAAGCCAUUUUUGACUGUUGAGUUACCUGCCCCACUGGUAAAUGCUCAUAAUAUAUCCAGUCCAUGGCAUUCUUGCUGCCAGCAGCCAAACGUAAACCAGCAUGUUGCCAACAACUCAUCUGCUCUAGGAAGGAAAUCCACUUUGGCUCCAAAUAUGAAAACUCAGUGGUCUGCUGGCGUUGGCUCAAUCAAUGGUGUGAAUAUUCAGCAGGGGCCAUGCUCUCAAUCAGGAGGUGUCAGAAGUGAUCCAGCUUCAGCUGCUCAAGCUCCACAUGUUGUUCAGCCAGCAUGUGUGGAUUUGAAGAGAGGGCAUGAAGAAGCUGCAAGGGAGGAGACCCUUCAGAUGAAAACAAAUACUUGUGAGAAAACAAGUUCUUUUUUGGCUUAUAAUGCUGGUUCUGGUUCUGGUUCUGAAAAAGGAGAGAGGCCGAUGAAGAAUAGACGCAUAGAUGAACAUGCUUUGAAUAAUUCUGAAAAGGAGACAGUUAAUCCUACGGUAAUGGGGAAUGGAGCAGGUGGCCAGGGAACUGUAUCUGGAUAUUGA